UUCAGACUAUAACCUUUUAAAUUGUAUUUCAUUGUUUAUGUGCUGAAAUCAUUUCUGAAAACUUAAGAGAAAUUGUAGCACUCUUAAUUUAUUUCAAACAAAGAUAAAAAUGAAACUACAACUAUUUAUUUGUGUUUUAAUAUUAAUCGUAACGUCUACUUUUGGUGACGAAUACUUCAAACCCAUCGAUCUGUUUUAUCCAUUAAUGAAUUUCCAACAUGUGACCGGUGCAGCAAGCAUUCCGUUUAUUGCAGAAAUAAGAAGGACUCUUAAUGAGGCCGAUCCGUGUAUAGGAUCAAUUAUAGCUCCGCAAUUUGUUAUAACUACUGCUUCAUGUUUUGAUGGAGAUCGUGGUUUAGGUUUCAAUCGAAACCUGAUUAUUGUAGAGGUUGAUUCAGUAAACUAUAAUGUAUCUGAGAUACAUGCACAUAAAAGAUACGAACGACUAUCCAACAAUUUGACUAAAUUCGAUAUUGCAGUAGUUCAGCUUAAGGAGCCAUUAACUUAUUCAGAAAAAGUUAAACCAAUUGAAUUGCCAAGCAGAAUUGAACAUCUUGACGAGCCAGAAUGGGGUAAUCUGACACUUUUUUCACAAGAAACAGUUGCCAGCGUAAUACCGCAGUACAUUAUAUCACCAAUAAAAAUGUCAAUUCGAUUACCCGUUAUGAGUGUUGAAAAGUGUCAAAAAGUUGUAAGUUCUUCUGUUACACGACAAAUGAUAUGUGCAGGAUUAACAGAUAGCGAGCUCGGAAUGUUUCCUGAUGCAUACGGAACUCCAGAUAAUGUCAAAGGUGCUCCUUUAGUUGCGGUGGGAAAACUACAAGGAAUCUUCAACACAGGGGGUUCCGGGAAAGCAUUUGUUUUUACUAGGAUUUCAGACGUUCGUGAAUUUAUUCGAUGGACUACUCGAGGGAUUUAAACUAAAAAGUUGCCCAAAAUAAAAAAAUGUAUUUUUGUUCCGAAAGUUAUUUGUGUAAUUGC